AAAAAGUCGCAGAAAGUGCCAUGUAAAGAAAAAAAUUAAAUUAGGGUCGGGUUCGUUCUACAAAAUAUUGGCAGUGAAACGUGUUUGAGAAAGUGAAAGUAGAACUGGAAGAAUGAUGCUGCUUGCUGUAGUCCUGUUGGCAUUGUUCCGCUCAUUAAAUUCCAAUGUGAUUGAUCCCAAGGGUUAUGUGGUAUAUUGUCCAUGUAUGGGAAGAUUUGGAAAUCAGGCAGACCACUUUCUUGGAUCCCUGGCAUUUGCUAAAGAUAUUGACAGAACACUCAUUCUCCCACCUUGGGUUGAAUAUAACUUCCCCAAACCAACAUCAGACCAAAUACCCUUUGACACUUACUUCCGAGUUGAUACUGUGCAAAAAUAUCACAGAGCAAUCACCAUGGAAAAAUUUAUGAAAGAUUUAGCACCAAAAAUCUGGCCAAAAGGGAAUAGAACAGUGUUCUGUUACGGUCCAUCUUACACCGGUGAGCCUGGCUGUGAUGCCAAACAUGGAAAUCCCUUUGGACCUUUCUGGGACACAUUUAAAAUAGAUUUUGAUGCCUCUGAAUUUUAUGAACCUCUAUCUUUUGAUACAUCUAACCACUUUGAAGUAAAACGUUGGCAUGAAAGAUAUCCUCCAGAACGGUUUCCAGUGUUAGCAUUUAAAGGGGCACCUGCCCAUUUUCCUGUGGAGCAAAGAAAUCUCAGACUACAGCAGUAUGUCGUCUGGUCAGACAACAUAGAAAAGAAAGCUAAAGAUCUCAUUUCCAGCAAAUUCAACAAUGAUAAAUUCAUCGGAAUUCACCUGAGACUUGGCUCAGACUUUUCCAAUGCCUGUAAACACAUAGACUCUGGAUCGGCACUGUUCGCCUCCCCUCAGUGUAUUGGUUAUAGAGGGGAGAAGGGAAAACUGACGGCAGAAAUGUGUUACCCCUCAGAUGACACGAUCAUCAAGCAAGUGAAGAGUGCCGUGAAAGGGAAAGGAAUCAGCAAUGUGUUUAUUGCCACAGAUAGCAGAGAUCUCAUCUCCAAAAUGAAAAAAGCCAUGCCAAAGGUUAACUUUGCCAAGCAAGAUGGGAAGAGUCCACAUAUAGAUUUGGCUGUGUUAGGAAAAUCUGAUCAUUUCAUUGGCUGUUGUGUAUCAACAUUCUCUGCAUUUGUCAAGCGAGAGAGGGAUGUUGCAGGGAAGUCAAGUGAAUUCUGGGCAUUUAAGCUGCCUAAACGUGAUGAAUUAUAACGUCAAAGUUUAUAGCAUUUAUUAUAGAAUUUUAUUAUAUUGCUUUGUGUUGGGUCUUUGCCAUAUUUAUUAUAUUAUACCUGGUGCCAUUUACACAUUUUUCCCCCAAAAAUAUUUUCUGAUUUUUAGGAAAAGGACCAAUAUUUAAUCCAAUCUUUACAUUGCAAGUAUAGAAUGAUAUAUAUGUAAUUGAAAUUUAUCACCUUGGGAUUAUUUUUCAUAUCAAGGGUUUUUCUUUUAUCCACAAUAUAAUAUUACAUGUACAGUGGACCUUCAGAUAUCCGGACGCCAGAUAUCCAGAUGCUUCAGUAUCCGGACGAUUUGUCAUUGGAACGGAUUUUUUAAAUGUUAUUUUGUCUUGUUCAACUGGUGAUUCAGGUAUCCGGACGCUUCACAUAUCCGGACAAAUUAACUGGGAACCAAAGCGUCCGGAUAAAUGAGGCUCCACUGUAGAUUAUUUACACAAAUAUUAUCAGAAACUUUUAUCACAUUUCAUAUACCUGUAAAUGUAUUAGAUUAUUUUUAUGGGUUGUAAAAAAUCAACAUGUGAAUCAAUUGGGCCAUACUCUGACCUAUCAGAGUUCUAAAUUUAUUUCAAAUUUUUUCACUCUGUUAUGUUUACUUUGAUAGCAAUUUGAUGCAGAUUAUUUUUAAUAUUCACAGACUUCUUCCAACAUGCAAUGCUUAUUUUGGAGUUCACUUGCAAAUUUAAUAGUAUAUUUUGCAUAAACAUGCAUUACAACUUGUGAGUUGAAAGUUAUUUGUGCCAUUAAUUUUUUUUUUUUAAUUGACCAGUAAUGAAUUUGCUCCUUAUUAAUGUAAUAUGUAACAAUAUUCAGGUGUAUUUUUGAAACAGCAAUUUUGUCAUACACUUGCAGUAAAACAUACCAUACUUAUAAUGAUCAUCCUUAUAAUAUGCAUAAAUGCAUACAGAAAAGUGAAUUUUAUUCCCUGUGAUUUUAUAUAUUGUGACCAUAAUGAACAUAUCAAAUUAAGCUUAUAACGAACAAAGCAAAAUUUGCUAUAGGCGUGUUUUACUGUUUAUAAAAAAAUUGGAACAACAGAUAGCACAGGGAUUUAGAACAUUCCAUUUUGAUAUUUUUGUUGUGAAUUUAGAUACAUUUUUAUUAGCUGUUUUUCAAUGUUUAUUGUUCACAAAUGUUGGUGCUGAUAUAACAGUCUUUUUUAUAUGUACAAACUACAGCACAUUUCUAGUCAAGCCACAACCAAUAAUUGAACAAAGGGUUUUUAUAGGGAAGAACUGAUUAACUUUAUUAUUUAAUAACCAUAAUAUGGGGAUUGAUUUGGCAUGGAUAAAAAAUGACAAAUAUACUGUUCCUUAAAAAAAAAUGUCCAUUUUGUCUCCCCUUACAAAUCAAACUUAUUUUGUCAAAAUACAGGUUUGUAAUUUUCUCCCCCUUCAAAAUAACUUGAUUAUUUUUUCAACAAUGCAAAUACAGUACUUGUUUAUUUCAAAUUAAUUCACUGAUCCAUUGAAAAAUGUCCAAGGUAUUAGAUGUGGAUGUUGAUUUUUGAUUUUGCAAAUUCUUCAUGUUCUAUUUGUUAGUGAGGUGUCAAAAUUAAACUGCACUUCAUGAUCAUUGAUCAAUGUGCUAUGCUUUUGCAUCACUGCAAAUUGUACUUAAAAUCUCCUUCUUAUUAUAACAAAAAAGGAAGAAAA